CGCCCCCCCCCUCUGCCAGGGCUGCCCCGGAGUUGAAACUAAGCGAAUGAUACACACGCAUGCGCACUUGCGUCUACAAUGUGGAUGACUGUGGGCAAAUGUCUCCAUAGGUUGAGAAAGCGACAAUACGGUUUGAUCUCCAAAGCAGUGUGUUUCUGCCAACUGCACAACAGCGGCACACAGUUUACAGACAGCUGCUAUGAUGGGCUGUAUCCUGGACAUAUCCACACCACCCCAAUCCAAAAAGCCCUCCUGGCUGUGGGGUCGGGUGUGGCUGCACUCCAAAACCCCUACAGACAUGAUAUGGUUGCAGUGCUCGGGGAAACAACCGGGCACCUCGCGUUGAUGAAUCUCAGGGACAGGAUGAGAAACGACCCUGAAGGAUACGCUAUCCUAACAGAGAGGCCGAGAAUCAGGCUGUCUACACUGGAUCUGGACAACAUGGCCUCCUUGCCUGACGGCUCCUUUGGGAGAGAAUACCUCCGUUUUCUGGAGGACAACCAUGUGACCCCGGACUCCAGGGCCGAUGUGAAGUUUGUGGAUGACGAAGAGCUUGCGUAUGUCAUGCAGAGAUACAGAGAGGUGCAUGACCUCCUGCAUACAUUGCUGGGAAUGCCCACCAAUAUGCUGGGUGAAGUGGCAGUGAAGUGGUUUGAAGCCGCUCAGACUGGACUCCCGAUGUGUGCCCUUGGAGCUGUGUUGGGUCCGCUUCGGCUCAAUUCAAGCCGUUUACAGUCUCUCUUCACCUCCCUGGGUCCCUGGGCCGUGCAGAAUGGCCGGCGGUCCCGCUGCAUCCUCAGCAUCUUCUACGAGAGACGGUGGGAGCAGAGCCUGGAGGACCUCCGACAGGAGCUCAACAUAGAGCCACCGCCAGUCACACUUAGUGCUACAAAUAAAGGAAGUGGCUGAAGAAGAAAACCACUGCACUGAAAGAUUUUAGAAGGCCGAAAGUAACAGAAAUACUUGACUUGUUUUAUUGUGGAAUUUUUGACAAAGGAGGUUGCUGGGGAAGCUUCCAAUUUGGGAAAGCUCGGCUCGUCCCUUCUCACAAAUGUGUCUUUAUUUAUGUUUGAGUCAACUUUUCUUUGAAAUGUGAAUCAUUUUGAAAUAAAUAGUUCCAGCUGGG